UUAUCUCGAUCAUUUGUGCUACUUUGUGACAAAUCUAAUGUUUAUUGAAUAUGUGUUUGUGUUUAAUUUAUACCGGGAUUUAAUGUAUUAAAAAUCUUAUCUCAAUGUUCGUGUCGUACGACAAGUUCAUUUCAAAACCAAUGACAUUAUAUGAACUCGAUGUGCGUUUUGGCCAUUUUACUUGGCUUGCGUUGGUGAUUCGUAUAUAGUCACGUGACCAAAGUGGUUUUCGGAUCAAUGGCGCCAAAUGACUAUUACAGAAAAUGUUGCACUUAUUUUGUGGUUGCAAACUAAAAUGUCAUCAUGUGAAUAAUGUGACAUUCUACACAAUGUUGCUUCCGCGUUCUAAGUGUAAAGCAGUGAAGGGUUCGUGAACAUGUAGGUUGUGAAUAAACUAAAUAAGAUGUCGUUGCGAGGCACAAAGCGGGCGUCUGGGAUGCGUGGGGAGGAGGCGGGUGCAUCCAAACGUCGACGGACAGACAACGAAGAGGCACUUUGGCAGCUUCGCCCUGUCAGUGACCUCAAGAUGUCAUCUAUAUAUAAUAGAAGUGCCUCUGAGGCACCUGCUGAACUAUUCAGGAAAGAUCUCAUCAGUGCAAUGAAGUUACCUGAUUCGGAACCUUUAACACCGAGCGAGUACUGGAUUAUCAAUGAUGCUUGGAAGCAGGACUGGGAACGAGGGGUGCAAGUACCUGUCAAUCCUGAUUCAUUACCAGCUCCAAAAGUUAAAAUCAUUUUGAAUCCACCACCACCCAAUUUUGAAGAAUUUAAAUUACCAACCGACAAAUACAUUCACCUGACGCAAGACACACAGUAUCAGGUAGAAGUCCAUUUAUUGAGUACAACUCCAGCACAAGCAGAAGCUGCUUGCAGCUAUGAUUUGGAUGCAACAGACACAGCUUGGCUAAAAUUGCUAAAUGCUGAAAGGGCACGAGCAGGAGCAACAUCAGUCACUGAAGACCAGUUCGAAAAGGUCAUUGAAGAACUAGAGGUUCGAACUUGGGACAAGAUUCAAGCCAUCAUCAAAUCUGAAGAAGGUUUAGGUAUUGAAUACGAUGAAAAUGUUAUUUGUGACGUAUGCCGAUCACCAGACUCUGAAGAUGGAAACGAGAUGGUGUUUUGUGAUUCUUGUAACAUUUGCGUGCAUCAAGCUUGUUACGGAAUCACUGUAAUACCUGAUGGUCAGUGGCUAUGUCGUCCUUGUGGUGCUGGUUUUAGGCCAACUUGUGUGUUGUGCCCUAAUCUUGGUGGAGCUAUGAAAUGUACACCGUCUGGUCAUAAAUGGGCCCAUGUUAGCUGUGUUCUUUGGAUACCUGAAGUUUCGAUUGGUUGUGCAGAAAAAAUGGAACCAAUUACUAAAAUAACCUCCAUUCCUGCUUCACGUUGGUCUUUGGUGUGUGUUUUGUGCCGUGAGCGUAAAGGAGCUUGUAUUCAAUGUUCGGUAAAGACUUGUAAGACUGCCUAUCAUGUUACUUGUGCAUUUAAACAUGGACUAGAAAUGCGUGCAAUUAUAGAAGAUGAAAACGCGGAUGAUGGCGUUAAAUUGCGUUCGUAUUGCCAAAAGCAUAGUGUUAAUUCGAAAAAAGAAAAGUGUCCUGGUUCUGGUUCAGAAGAAGAAGAGGUGAAGAGGAAGCGCCGAAAAGACAUGACGUCAGAAGAAAAGACGCAAGCCCGUGCGGCACGUCUUCAAGAGAUUGAGGGAGAGUUUGAUCGUCAUGUCUGUGUAAAAGAUAUUAGUGCACAUCUUAUCGAUGUUGAUCAAGACGCUAUUACCUAUAUUUAUAAUUAUUGGAAACUAAAAAGGCGUGCAGCACACAAUCGUCCUUUGCUGCCACCUAAAUCAGAUGAUCAUGAGCUAUUGACUCAUAGACAGGAACAAGCUGAUCUUGAUAAAAUGAAAAUGUUUGUUCAGCUGAGACAAGAUUUAGAGCGAGUACGAAAUCUAUGUUACAUGGUUAGCCGUAGAGAAAAACUAUCUCGUUCCUUCUUUCGAAUGAGAGAACAGACAUUUCACAAACAAGUAGCAGUGUUAAGUUCAGAUCAUACAAUUGCAGGCGCAGACUUGGCAGCUAUCAUAGAGGCUAAUCAUGGUCCAUCAAUAUAUGAUAGAUUAUAUUCCCAUGCUAAUGCUCCUGACCACAAAAACGACUUCGAUAAUCUUCUUGCUCGUAUAGCACCUCAAGAUUCAAGUGAUGAUAAGAAAAAGGACAGAAAUGGUCUUGUCCGGGGAUCAAAAUCUGCAAAUCCUUAUAAGAAACAUUACGUAAACGGUUCUCGACGAAGUGGAAGCAUGUAUAGUGGACUAUCAAGCGAGGAAAGUGGUACAGAGGUUAGUCGUAAUGCCAAGUAUCGUGGUCGUACCAUUGGUUCAAGUACUGAUGAAGAUGUAAAGAAACCGGCUACAUCUCCAAAGAAAAAGGUCUCACCUAAAGGAAAAGGAAAGAAAUCUCCAAAGAAGCCUGAAAGGAAGAAAAGAAAAAUACCACAAUCUAAAGCAGUUAUUGAAAGUAGUAGUGAAGAUGACACUAUAAAAUCGAGACCAAUGAUGAUGAAAAAAGACAGGUCUCGUAGUAAAACCCUUCAACAAAUGGAAAAAGAAAUGACAGCGGGAAAAACAGGUCAAUCUGGAACAGACAGUGAUGAAUUGAUUCCUAUCAGGACAACAAGGAAUAGUAAAUUUCCAGUCGAUAUAUAUUCAGACAGUAGCGAUACAGCUUCUGUCAAAGAAGAAAUUAAGCCCGAAAAGUCGAAACCCAAAAAUGAUAAAUCUAAAUCUGAGAAAUCUAAAAAUAUUAAAUCUCCAAACGAAAAUGAUUCACAGCAGCCCUUACCUCGAACUAAAGCUGCUAUGAAAGAAUUCAUUUCAACACAACCCGAAAAGAAAAAAUCUGUAGAAGAUAAACCAGCUCCAAAAAAGAGAGGAAGAAAACCUUCAAACAAAGAGAAAAAGCUACCCGUUAAAACCGAAUCAGAUGAUGAAGCAAAAAAUAAAGAAAAUAUUAAGUUGGCUAAGCAAAAAGAUAAUCCUACAGAUUUAAUUGUACCACAACGUCAAGCUGCAAAGAAAGCUUCAGAAAAUAUGCGUUCUACAACUACAGUUAAAAAAGAUGAAUCAGGUACUGAAAAACAAGUCAGUGGAGAUGAUGCUAAAUCGAAACCGAAAAUAAAGUCAAAGGGAAAAGAGACUAAAGAUAUUCCAGAAAGAGUAGGAAAGAAAAAGUCGUCUAAAGAUCAAGAUAAAGAGCCCAUAUCAUAUGUUCCACAAAGACAAGCAGCUAAAAAGGCAGCUGCACAUAUAAAAAGUGGGCUGGGAACGAAAGCUGCCCCGACAGAAGCAAAUGAAAGUGAGAAAAAGAAAGAAACGGAUAAAAGUGAAACUAAAAGCUCACCGAAAAAAGAUGAUUCUAAAAGAUCAAAAUCUCCAGUGAAGGAGAGUUCCAGUUCUUCAUCUAAUACCAGUAGCAGUAGUUAUUCAUCAUCAUCGAGCUCAGAAGAAGAACAUGAAAAACCUGGCAUGAAACCAACAGCUAAAGCUCGUGAAAUUAAGCCAGCCCCUAGGCAACCAUCUAUGUUUUCACCUCCUGGCCCUAGACCCACAGUGGACUUGCCCUUUCUUGACAAGGUGUCAAAACCAUUGUCUUCAACUAGUGCCUCGAGUGAUUCUGACAGCUCUAAAGGAUCAAGAUUUUCCGGCUCUGGAAGUCCCUCUCCCAAGCGUCCCCGUAGACGCCGAAAGAAAAAGAGCAUCUCAAUUGAUGCUUCCCCUCGCAAGGCCCCAGACAAGAAGCUUAAAACUUCCGAACUGGAGUCCGAGUGUGGGGUAUCAUCACCGCCUAUUGAAGGAGAGAAAUCGAGCAGACCCAGCGAUACGCGUGCUGCCACGCGUGCUCGGACCAGAAGCACUGCUACAAGCGGAAAUUUGCCUAAUAAGUCUGAUGCCCGACAGAGAAAACCAUCUAAAGAGUUCACAGGACAUACCUCUACAUCCAAUAAAAUAUCCAAAGAGACCAGCCAGCCCAUUGAAUUUACAGCUCCGAAACGGAAAACGGACGAGGAGAUAAAGAAAGAUAUCAUGUUGCCCACGGCUGAUGUAUCAAAAACUGAUUCGAAAGCAACAAAAUCGGCUAAAAUUAAACGGUGUAGUCUAUCUUUUGAAGAUAAUAAAGAAGAUAAAGUAAAAACAAAUGAUGACACAGUUCCUGUGAAAAAGGCAAGUCCAAGAAAAAGUGCUGAAUUAAAACAUAAAAUUGUUGCUGGCAGGAGAAUGAGCAUCGUGGAUCCUCCUACAAAGGAAAUUUUACUACCACCGAAAGAGACCCGUGAACAUAAAGUAAAUGAAAAGCGUUCUAAUAGACGAGAUUCACAAGCUAAAGAUCGAACUAAUCUGUCUCCAAUCAAGAAAACUAUUGUAACAAUUGAAAAUGCACCACCUGUAGAAAUAGUAGAAAAGAAACACCCUAGUAUUAUUAAUGACUUCCCUGAUUCUGAUAAAAAUUGGUUACCAAAAGCUUUAAGCCCCAAUGUUCAUCCACCUCCUGUAGAAAAGCCAGGUGAUCAUGAAAAAUACAUGACCGAAGACAAGUCACUUGACUCAGAUUGUGCAGAUAAAAGUAGUAUUAAAAUGAUUGCCAAAAUACAAGCUAAUUUAAACGAAAAUACUAUGAUUAAAUCACCAAAGACGCCAAUGGAUGCCAGAACGAUUGAUCCUAUUGACGUGGACAAUCCUAUUUCAAGAACAAUUAGAAAACGUUCAAUACUAGAUUCAGAAAAGAAAUUCAUUACACAAGACUCCAGUCACGUCCAAGGAGUUGAAAUAUCAAAGAGUGCAAAAAUACCGUCUACGCUUAAUCCAUUCCCUAACAGAACAAUGUUUUCGCCUCAGCCUAAAGAUAAUGAAUUAUUCGAAUUUGAUAUGCUUGCUGUUGAUGAUGGAUUUAAUCAUGAUGAAAUGAUGAAACCUUUUACAUCUUAUCCCGAAAUCUUUUUGCAAGAAGUUUCUAAAGAACAGGGUGUACAAGAAACGUUAAAUUUGGUUGAUAGGCUUCGAAUGCAAUUAAAUAAAAAAGCACCUGUUGAAAAUGUUCCUCAUGACGAUGGGGUAAUGAAUGACAAAGAUCCGCGAGAUGACGAAGAGGGACGAGAUGAUCUUACAAAUAAUGAAAAGAGUAAAUCUGAAAUAUUGUCAGGAAAGGCAGAUAGUAUUAAAGUGUCUUCGAAAGAUACUGAAAUUUCUAAUCACUUUUCAGAGUCACGAGAAAGUAUUGAUCCUAUAAGAGAGAGGAGGAUUUCAGAAAAUAAAGAAGAUCAAAAUAUUCCUAUGACCUCUAAUGAAAAAUGGAUGGAGCUAAAUAUAUCUCAAAAUGAAAAUGAAUCCCAACUAGAUCAGUCGAGCGAAUCAAAAUAUGAUACUGCUUCAUAUACUGAAGAUUUUAAGGAACCCGCUACUGUUCAAUCUAUUAAUUCUGUUUCAGAAGUUGGAGAUUCAAUAUCGUUAUCCAAACAGAGUGAUGAUUCACAAUCUCUAUCAGUAGUUGACCAUUCUGUGCAUAGUAAUGACCCUGAAUUAACACAAGAUAAUCAAACCUAUGAUAAUAAUAAUUCCGUAAUACAUUCUGAUUGCGCUACCAUAUCAUCGCCAUACAUGAGUCGUGCUUCAAAAUGGAAGGAAAGCAAGAUAACGACCCGAAGAUCUUCAGCUUCAAGUACAAAUUCAGAAGGGUCUGUGUGUUCUCAAAAAACAGAUAUAAAAUCUCAUCUCAAUUGUGAAUCUCGUCAAGGACCAGUGAUGCCUGAAAUUGAUCCAUAUCCACCAAUGCCAGCCUAUUCAUGUCGCGUCGAACCAACGAUGCCUUUGAAUCAAUAUACAAGCUAUCCACCAAAUGCGUCACCAUUUUUGAGUACUAUGGGUGCUUUACCAUUGUUUGCUCCAGGAGCGUGUGCUUCAUCACAGUUGCCAUUACCGUCACCAGGUCCCGGAUUAUAUGCGUCUGGAUUACCUUACACUGCUACUCCAUUGUUACAAUCUUUGCCUAAGCCGGCUUUUUCUACUUUAUGUGCCGCUUUCACUUCUUCAUCACAAAAUAUUGCAUUGACAACUGCAAUGAUUGCUUCGCCUACUCCAAAAGUUCUUGAUUCUCCGCGAGAUGAUAUUGAUGUCACAAGUAGCGAUAAAAUGUCUAUUCAUGUCGUUUCUAGUCCUAGUCUCAGCAUAGAGUCAUAUAAUGAAUCAAGUAACACCAGAGCUCCUACAAAAAUGUCCAAUGACAGUAAUGAGACUAUAAUGAGCUUAAGCAAUCAAGAUUCAAAGUCAUCGCCAAAACCAACAAAAAUCGUUACUAGAUUCCCAGGAAAAUCACCAGGUAAAAGUCCUGGUAUCUCGCCUAAACAGUCUGAUUCGUCAAAAAGCAGUAAACGAUCGAGCAACAAGAGCAGUAGAAAUCAAAGGGGACGUGGGAGGUCAAAAAGCCGUGGCAGUUAUACAUCAGUGGACUACCUCGGAAAUUCAAUUCAAAGUAAAUUAGUUGGCACGGUUUAUGAUUUUAAUGAAGAAAUUGCCAAUGAUGGUGUAGAUCUUAAAGCACUAAGAGAGCGGAGAAAAUCUAUAGAUAUGAAGGAUGAUAGAAAGUCUGAGCAUUCUUAUAAAGAUUCUUCGCAAUCUCCACGUGUAGUAAGUCCUGAACCAGCGAAUAAGAGAACUGUUGAAUGUAAAGAUGAGAAAAGUACAACACCUGAACCAGUUGAUGAACCUCAAUCGCCUUCAAAUAAAUCGAAUUCCGAACGAGGGCCAGGAUUUUCGCAAGUGCAUCCUGUACUGCCGGGACCUGUUGAUAUGCGCACUUAUAACCCAUUCGAAAAUCCCGUUCCGACCACAGGCGAUGCUUAUCAUAGCCAUUUACUAGCUUUUGCAAGCGGUACAGCUGAACAACAGUUAAUUGAAAUUGACGAAGAAAUAGAAAAACAAUUGCAUAGUGCUCUUAUGGCUAGUAAGCCAAAGGCAGGUGCUCUAGCAGCAACGUCAGCACAAGAAAUCAAUGACACCGUGAAAGAAACCAUAACCCAACUACCUAAAGUAUCGUUAUCGGAUUCAAGAAAUCAAUUAAAAGUAAAGAUAAAGGGUCCUUUCUUAGAUGCUAAUUAUUCCGCGAGUUCGGUACAACCAGUAGUACCACAACCUCCUGCCCCGACUCACGAUUCUAAUACAAGUGUUUUAAAUACCUCAAAUAGUUCAACAACUAAUAUGACAGGAUCAACAAAUCUUAGACGUAUGCGGAAAAAAGAAUUAUUACGUCAAUAUUGGACACAGGACAUGAAUAUGGAUGAUCCAACUAAUGCAUCUACCAUGGGUAUAGCGCCUCCACCAGCCGCCCCUCAGCCGUUAGGCCGCGCUGUAAUAACUAUACCUAAAGCAGUGGCUUCUAUGACGAGCAUACCUACAAGAGAAGAUUACAAAAUAACUGAUAGCCCAGUAGAAAAGAAAAAACGUAAGACAACCAGUGGUCUCUCUCGUGAAUUACGACAUUUGGAAGUGAGCAUGAACAACGAUGCUGACCCAUCUGAUGAUGUGAAAUUAUCUAAUUUCGCUGGCACUUCAAGUCAGGCUCAUAAGAGGCGUGGUCGGGUAUCUACAAAACCAAACCGCUCCAACGCAACAUCACCAGUAACUCCAAAGUUGAAAAUAAAAAUCGGUUCCAACAUUGUUCAACAAGUAAAUGAUGAACCCACCGGAUUCCAAUUUCGGCCUCCUAAAAAACGGUUACAGGCUUCCAUUCCUAAACCAAGUUUGGAAGACUUACGACGAGAAAGUAUGAAGUAUCGGCGCAUGGUAAUGGCCGAUUUCGAAGAAGAUGAAAAAACUAAUAAACACAAACCUACUAAGAGCGAAAAACGUAAAAAGAAGAAAGAAAAGAAAUCGGAAAAAGAAAAGCUCCAAGUGGUAAACAGUAAAAGUGAAAGUGCUACAAAGUUGAUAAUAAAAAUAAAGCGUACCAAGGACGAUGAAAGAAAAGUAGCAGGUUCGGAAGGCGGACCGAUAGCCGGUGCAGCAGCUGCGGCGCCGGAGCCAUCAGUCGAUCCAUUCGACUAUGAUCCAACGGCGCCAGAUCCAUUGGCUAUCGAUCCACCUUUCAGCUCUGAAGCUGCUUCGACCUUGCGCAGAAUACGGACAGAUAAAGUGACACCCAUUCGAUUAAAAUUAUCACGCAGCUCCCAAGGCUCGGGAUACGUUAUGAAGGAAACCGGCUCCUCCGGGCCGGGCUCGGAAGGGUCCAGUGUAGAGGCGGCGGUGACAUCCGCUCCUUCUACCUCGGCCUCGAUUCCUUUGUCGGUUAAUAAACACUGUGAAGUGAGGUGAUAUAAACCGCGUAAAAAGCGUUAAAUAUGGACAUUGGACCUUAAACACUAGUGUACAGUAAUUAUAAGUAAUAACUGUAAAUAGGUUUUUAAAUAAAACUAUCCACUUUUAAUUCUUGAUGUAGUUUAUUACAUUAUUUAUUUGUAUAAAUGGAAAGCUCAAUGAUUAACUUAAAGUUACUCUAAGGUAUUUUUGUGCAUUUUGUGAUGCGCAAGUAAAUCUUAUUAUAACAUAUUAUAUAUUUUUGUUAAAGUUACUAUUUUACUUUGUGCCUCAUAAUAUGGAAUCUCAUUAAACAUAUUAUCAUUGUAAAUUGAUAUCGAUAUGUUAGGUAUUUAAUUCUCAAAGCUGCUCUAUCACAAUGUACAUCACAGACUGGCAUGGCAUUGACUUUCAAUUUACUUUAUAUAAAUAUAGUAAAUUAUAUAUAUAUAUAUUAUUUAAAAUAGUUCCAUUUAGAUAAAUACUAAUUUUAUAUAUUUAUAAUAUUAGUGACAAUUUGUCUGUGACAAAUGCAUAAUAAAAUAUAAUUUGGAUAAUAUGAAGAAGCUGGGCUUCUCAGAUUUUAUUACUUUGUUAACGAGUAGUAAUGAAUUUAAAUUUUAAAAAUGUUUUUUUAUUUUAUUUGUCAUAAUUUUUCAUUUGAAUGACAUUUACCACAUUUAACUUUAUAUAUAAUUUUACACUAUUUUGAUGGAAAAAGUAUAUGAAAUUUAUUUAUUAAUUUUAGGUUAUCAAUGCCGUGCCCGUCAAAAAAAAAAUGUUUAUUUAUUUACCAAAACAAAAAAAAAAUUAUAAUCAUAACAUUUAUAGCUCACGGCCCGGAAUUUAACUAAGUAUAUAAUUGUUUUAAUUUACUUUCAAAUUUUGAAACAAUUAUCGAAUUGAGUUAAACAUUGUUACACUUGGAUAACGUAAAUAAUAAUUAGCAGGAGAUCCUGAUCAAGUUCAUUAUUUUUAAAACGAGCAAAGCCAAUAUCAGAGUCCAUAUUAUUCUGUUAUUUCAAACAGGUGAACAUAGUUUUGGAUUAAACUAAAUUUUUUUAACACACCUGAAAUCAUAAACAUGAGUUCAAAAUUAUUCUAUGAAAUCAUGUUAGCGAUUUAUUAAUUUUGAAAUGGCGUGGCAGAGAAAUAAGUCUUAUGAAUUAUGUUUUUUUUUUAAAUUUCUCUUUGUACAUCCUUAAUGUAAUUAUUUAUAAUGUUAAUUUGGAAAUGUAGAAACUGUAUAUUGGACUGAUUGGCAUGUCGAUUUAAUAAAGCGAUAUUUUCUACAUCUGCUGUGUGCAAUAUUUGGCAAUACUCAUCGGGAUAGUCAAGGUUGAUUGAAGGCCUAGAUGGGGGUGUGUUAGUUUUAAGUGCAUGUUCGUUAAUCAUAAAUUAUGUCGUAAAAAUUAUUUUAUAUUGUAAAUAUUCGGUUUUAAGGCGCUGUGACGGCGACUUUGCCACCUUAAAAUGACAUCUUAAGCCAUAUUGAAAAGCUGAAAGCGUAAUGAACUGUAUUAAUUACUCCCUAAAAUAUAAGUAUGUCUAUCGAUACUUAUCAUCUCAAUGUGUGUCGUCGUGUAUUUAUAGUCAUGUUUUCAGCAUUUCAAUUUCGGUUAAAGAAAUUGCUAAUGCUUUAUCUCAAUUUGGAUCUACGCGAUGGCAAUGUUUUUGUUCGUUGUCACCGACACUUGUCCGAUACAUGUUAAUAUAUUCUAUUGAAACCAUAGCGUCGAUCCACGUCGAUGAUACUUUGUAAAGACUACAACAUAUGAUAUUGUAAAACAUCUUAGGGCUGGACAAACGUUCUGAAGUUCAUUCGGUUGGAGAAACUGAAUGACGUCCGAGUCUAGCUUUAACAAAUCAUUCUCUGCAUUUGUGAUCUUAUCUUGUUAUAUAUACAUUCGAACUUUUCAUCUUUCUCAAAACAAAGAACGAGGAAAGAUAUAAUUUGUCCUUAUAAUUUUCCUCCAUACACAUUAAAAUGGUACUUCGAUUAUUAUUACAGUGAGCAAGUAAUAAAUAAACUGUUAUUGUUUAAUUCGUGCAUUUAUUAUUUUAAGAUAUAUUUCUAAAUAAUUUAUAUAAUAAGAGAAUUAUUAAUUUUAGUAAAAAAAUAUAAUUGUAUAAUGUUAUGGGUUAGGAAAAUUGUAAGAAGCGAGAUGAUGUUAUGAUUACUAAUAUUACAAAUGCUGCUGGCUAGACGCAUAAACUUCAAAAACCAACUUAUGAAUAUAUACCAAGGAACAUUAAAAGCUUUAAAUAGUGUCGUAUCGCCAAACAUGAAUUUCAGAAUGUUCUCGAUCCAGCCCAGAAUGUGUUAACAGAAUUGCUGAUAAUAAUUAAUAGUUAUUAUGAACGGUAAAGACAUCAAAUGUAUCCUAAUUGAGAAUGGUAAUCUAGUGUAACUUUGUCAAUGUUUAAUGCGCUCAUGUCGCUUAUUACGGACAACUUUAUUAUGCAACAAUGACAUACCGAUUGAUUAUGAAUUGUACAAUGCAAAUGAAUACGAUUGUUACAGUAGAGAUAUCUAUCGAACGUAGCACGGACCUGAGUUUUCUCACAGAUACGUGGCGAUUGCCCGUUACGAUGUUACACCAAUUGAUGGGCAAAAGCCCUCGAUAGUAUGUAAUAUAAUAAUUCGAUGUGAAUGUUAAAUGUUGCCAUAUGUAAUCCGGAUACAAUUGUAGCUUAGUAAUUACAAUUGUAUAUUUUUGCUUCUUAUCCCUAUCAAAUAGUAGGAUGUUUAUUUAAUUGGUGGAUCCAUUAGAUGUUUUCCAUUGAAUGUAAUUAAUGUAUAAAUGUGAGGCGACGUUAAUAUUCAUUAAGAGUUAAACUCUGAAGUAUAAAAAAUAAUAUUCGUAGUAAUUUAAUGGCAGCCAGUAAUCUAGAUUCAAUCGCGAACUUGACUUUAACGUUGAAAAAAAUUAAUAAACUAUCUUUAAAUUUUCUCUCGAAAUAAAGGUUGUGUUGUUAAAUUAUAUUAGUUACGAACGGUUUACGCUUUCUGUGAACGCUUAUUCAAAAUUAAUAAUUCAUUUUUUCAAACUUUGGCGGUUAUCCUUAGUACAUUUGCAUCAGUAACUCACUGUGGUCACGUUUGAACGCAAAAACAUGCGCAUUGUCUUCUUUAAUUAAAUCAAUAUUUCAUUUGUUUCUUUGUCAUCUCUGUACACAUAUACUACAUUUCAUGGCUGCAUUUUUAAAGCAUGUUGAGCUCCUCGGUUUUCAGACUCUGAGCAGACUUCAUUUGUAAAUAUAAUAGGUGUAUUCAUACUCUAUAUUUAAUCAUAAUAUUUAAAGUAUCAAGUAAAUUUAAUAAUAAUUGACACAACUUAUAAUCGUUCUUAGUAUUACACACGUACAUUCAUCGUUUUCUAGCCGUAAAAAAGUAGUGUUUCGGUAUCGUAAUUUCAUCGUUUAUUGUUAAAUGAAUGUCAAUGAACCCCAGAUUAGAGCUUAAUCGUGACGUAGUCGUUUUUGAAUCUUUUUAAAACCAAAAUUAUAAUAACAAUAAUAAUUAGUAAUUAAGUGUGUAGCCCACAAGGUAAAUAAUACUUGAAUUAGAUGUACUCUUCUGAACUGAUAAGGUAAUAAUAUUACUUCUCAGGAACGACAUAUGUAUUUAAUAGUCGUAGAAUAUUUGUCACAUCUUUUUAAUAAUAUAGGUUUGCUCAGAAUCUUCUUACGACUACUUUCAAUUAAUUGAUUAUGAAAUGUAUGAAAAAAAUAAUUUUGUAUAAUUUACAAAUUAUAAAAACUAUUUUGGACUUUUCGAUUGUAAUUUACAUUUAAAGUCAUUGAUUGCAUAUUGGAUAUGAUACAUCGGAUCUCUGUUUGUAUCACAAUUAAAGUAGUAUACUUAAAAUAUGUUUUUAUACGAAAUUAAAUCAUAAAUCAGGACUAAAAAACUUGUAGGGCUAAGAAAUUAUCUCAAAAAUAAUUUGCUAUAAAAACAAAAUCAAAACUAAUUAGACAGAUAUUAUUUUUAUUAUCCUCUUUCUACAUAUGUUCUUUGCAUACAACACAACUUCAAUAAAAAAAGUUUAUGUCAUAAAGUAAUGAUAUCAAGUAAUAUCAGCAAUCGUAGACGCACUAUACUAAUUAUUCUGCAAUUUCCGCAAUACCAGACUUCGCAAUUUAAUUGAGAAGAUUCAACUUUGUAUUAAAUUUCGAUUAUUCAUGGUAGACCAGUGAGAAUGUGUUUCAACCCGUUUAUUAUUUGCAGAGAUUGCAAAACAUAAUUGAAAUUCAAUUUUUUUUAAUAAACUAUAUCUUUUUUUAUAGGACUUGUCUAAACUUUUUUACUCGCCAUUCAUAUCAUAAUUAUAAAGUAUUAAAAUAUGCAAAGAACAUUGUAAUGUUUACUCUGCAUACUUACGUUACAUUUUUUUUUAAUUAUCUACAUGUAUAUACCUAUGAUGUCAUAUGAACCAAAAAUUUCAAUUGCUUAAAAGAAUUUCGCUAUUAAACUUUUAAAGAAUAAAAUAUUUGGCUGUAACGAAUGUUUGUCUAAAAUUUAUUGUUAAUUCAUAAUACAAUAAUAAACUGUUUAAAAAUUUUAAUCAUAAAACGUCUUCAUUAAAUUUUAAUAAGUUAUGUGAUACCCCAUAUAUUUUUAAGCUAAAUUAUAUUUCUAAAUGGUAAUAAGUACCAAAUUCCAUUAUUAUAUUAAAUAAUUUUAAAUGGACAUAUUAAUUUCUCUUGUUCGUCGUUGCUUAACAAAAACGAUUGUAAACUAACAAUUAUUUGGCGAAUAUUUGUUACAAGCCCAAUUAUUAAAAAUUAUUUUACUUUACUGUGAUUUGUUAAGUAAACAACAAAAUCACACUUAGUGCGUCUUCCGAUUUGCGUUUUCUCAUGCAAGUAUUAAAAUUUUGUUCGUCUAAGCUUAUUUAAUUCAUCGAAACUUGAAUGCUUUAUACGUUUAUACGUUGGCAUGUUUCAAAUCUCCUUUUUACGCACAAACAACCCUCAUGAGCUAAAUAUCAUCACAUUUUAAUAUUUGUCGUCGAUCAUUACCUUGUUACUGUGAUUUGUUUUAUCUUAUAUUAUAUUAUUAAAUUUAGGGUCAAUGUAGAAACAUUUUGUAAUCGAGAUUCCAAUUACUGGAAAUAAAAAGUAAUCUUUAUUAUUUUAUUGUAAAUAUCUUUUUAAUAUUAAACUUUACGAUUAAUAAAAUAUUUUUAACAAUAUAGAUGUAUGAAAUUAUUGAUAUUUCGAUAUGAGUGUAUUGAUUUUUGGUACUAUAUUAUAGUCGUGUUAUUAAGAUUUCGUGCUUUGAGCGCAUGAUUUUAUAUGGAGUAUUUUAAUUUACUGAGUGUUGAUUAUUAUAAGUGUUGUACGGAAUUGUAAUUUUUUAUUUUUUUUAAGCGAUAUAAGUGUGUGUGUCGUUGAUAUGUGUUUAUGUGUUAAAUUUACAUAAACAACAAAAUAAGCACAUUAUUUUAGAGUCAGUUGAGCGACCUUGAUCUCUUAUGUUUCGAACUGCCUUCGAGCUAACUUAUCGAUUUUACAUGAAGUCUUUUUCCUUUUUUACCGCAGUAAAAGUAGUAAUAAUAAUUUUUCAUAUUGCUCUCAGUGUUUGUUUACAUAAAACUAUUUGUGAAUUAGAGUACAUCUUUAAAAUACGCUCUGUUUGGUAAUUUAGAUAUAACUUUAUGUGCCACAGCCGCAAAAGUUAUCCAUGUUAGUUUUAAGUGUAUGGCUGACGACUUUUACCAGUCAUUAUUAUAAGAAAAAUAAAAUACAUAUAAUAUGAUUAUUUAUGUCUUAGAUGAUAAGUAUUAAUUAUAAGAGAUUAACAUCUUAUACCACUAUGCGUUUAAGUAUUAUGAUCAACAAUAUUUCCAAUGUUUUAAAAAAUAGUGCAUUAGAAAUUACUUUUAAUCAUAAGUUGUACAAACUACUUAUGUACAGAGUGUAAUGUUAAGCGAAUGAUGCUAAUUGUGGCGGACGACUGGCAGACGAGUGGCGGACGAGUGCCGAAGAGGAAAGCUAUGUAACGCGGGUGUUGUAAAUAGUGUAUAAGUGGUCUUGUAAAAUAACAAGUGUUUUCAAUGUGCACAUAGUCGCCUCAUUCAUUAAAUAAAUUUUUUAGAUCGA